GCGUGCAGCAGAUCCAGCGUGUGUCACACUGGAUGAUGCGCCUCCUCUGAACCGCUGCGCUCCUGCGUGACGCUCCCGCACCGUCCAGGGCGCGAUGCUUCCACACACCUGGCUGGAUUGCGCGGAGGCCAUUUGUUCCACCCGCUGCUCCCUUUACUCCGAGUCGUAGCGCGUCUUGUGCUGGGAACGAGAUGUCCGGGAUGUAUUUUCUCCGGAGAUUGUAAGGAAAAAAAAAAGUGGAGGAGAAGGAGAAGCUCUCUGAGACCAUGUGGAGGAGAGAGGACGCGUCCCUUGGUUCGAGCCCCGGAGGCAGGAAAAGACUCUGAGAGGAUCUUUCUAUUUUAUUAUUUCUGCGCUUUCUUGGAUAAAAGAUGCUUCGAUAGAGAGAAGGGAUGGUAGAGAAUGGCUGCACCUGACCUUCUUGACCCCAACUCUGCCGCCCACAACUCCAAGCAUCGCUUGUCCUUCUCGGGCCAUCCUGUGGUGCUGAACCUUCCGGAGGAUGAGUGCGACACCCGGUUUACAGUCAUGAGGUGGAAAACCGUGUCAGCGAUCUUCUUCCUGGUGGUGCUCUACCUGAUAAUCGGGGCGACGGUGUUCCGGGCUCUUGAGCAGCCGCAUGAGAGCUACCAGAAACUGGCCAUACUCGCAGAAAAACUGGACUUCCUGGCCACGCACGCCUGCGUCAACUCCUCCGAGUUGGAGGAUCUGGUGAAGCAAGUGGUUUCUGCAGUUCGAGCGGGUGUGAACCCAUCGGGAAAUCCAUCCAAUCAGACGAGCCUCUGGGACCUCAGUUCCUCUUUCUUCUUUGCUGGAACUGUUAUCACCACCAUCGGGUUUGGGAACAUCUCUCCUCACACAGAAGGAGGUCGGAUCUUCUGUAUAAUCUACGCUCUGCUGGGGAUCCCCCUGUUUGGAUUCCUAUUGGCUGGCGUGGGCGACCAGUUGGGGACCAUUUUUGGGAAGGGCAUCGCCAAAGUGGAGAAGAUGAUAGUGAAAUGGAAAGUCAGCCAGACGAAGAUCCGCGUCUUCUCCACGCUGCUCUUCAUCCUGUUCGGGUGCCUCAUCUUCGUGGCGCUGCCGGCCGUCAUCUUCAAGCACAUCGAGGGCUGGAGCACCCUGGAGUCCAUCUACUUCGUGGUCAUCACCCUCACCACCAUCGGCUUCGGGGACUUCGUGGCCGGUGAAAAGGGUCAUUUGACUGCAGGUGCCUCAGAGAAAAAACCAGAGUACCUGGACUACUACAAGCCUGUGGUGUGGUUCUGGAUCCUGGUGGGCCUGGCGUACUUCGCCGCCGUGCUCAGUAUGAUCGGGGACUGGUUCCGGGUCAUCUCCAAGAAAACUAAGGAGGAGGUCGGGGAGUUUCGGGCUCACGCAGCCGAGUGGACGGCAAACGUGUCGGCAGAGUUCAAAGAGACCCGGCGGCGGCUCAGCGUUGACAUCUAUGACAAGUUCCAGCGUGCGGCGUCCAUCAAGCGCAAGCUGUCAUCGGAGCUGGGCAUCAACCAGGAACUGACCCCUGGCAAGAGGACGCUGUCGGCCAGCCUGUACGAGGACAGGGAGGGUUACCCCAACUUGACUCUCUCACUCAGCCCUGUCUCGGGGGCCCACACCAGGAACGGCAACCUCUACCUAAACGGCCUCAGCCCGGACUACGCCGACCGGCGGGAGAUCGCCAUCAUCGAAAAUCUCAAUUGAGGAGCAGAGUAAAAAUGAGAUUCAGUGAAAUGCACAAUACAGACUUGCGGUGGAAAGGUACCAUGCGUGUUCAUCAGCUGAAUUGGCUCCAACAACUGAGAGCGUGACUCAAAAAUAGACCAAUCGUCAUCCUCCGUACUUUCAUGUGCGUUUUUAAUACUUCCGGACAAAAUCCUACUGGGUGCAAUAGAGUUUCAGAGAUUCCAUUCAUUCAAUGGAGUCCAACAUCCAUGACAACGUGAUCAACAAAUCCGAAGCGUGUUCUUGACCGGAGUUUCACCGUCUUCUCUGAGCAGGAAGGUAUUUAAAGCCCAUAUUGAGGUCGCCACACACUGAACUUCUUCAUCUUCUCGUGUCGCCCUGUCAACACGGACACAAACACAUUCACCCAACUUAGAAAAGCAAUAGACACACGUGUGCUCAUCUCCUGUUCAAUCUCCAGUGGCCCUGAAAUCUGCAUCAGAUAAAGAGGACCCAUCCGAUCGUGGCUUGUUCUUUUUAUCUUAUUUAAGUUUACAAUUCUUCUGACAGUGUGAAUUGAUAUGCCUUGUCAGUCUGCCCUCACUGCAGAGAUGAAUGUUGACGCUCUCGCUCCUUCACGACUGACAUUCAGCUUUUCACCCUAAGGAAUAAUCCGCUCGUGCCUUACUGAAAACCACACUGAACAUGUGAGGAUGGUGAUGCAUGAAAGACUUUGUCCGUCCACUCAUACUUGUUAUAUGUGAGCGCACCAGUAAUAAAGUGGGAGCCUUCAUGGGGGAAAACGGCAUAAAGAAGAAGGGAAAUUUGUUUGAUCAUCCUGAAAUCAGAUGAACUGUGGCCUCUCUGUCUUGCCGGUGUGUUCUAGGUAUUUACUGCCCGUCUUGAUGUGCUGAGAUAGCUGUGUUAACCACACGGUGCCAGGCUCGCUAAUCGAACCCCACUCUCCCCCAAACCAAAGUAAUGAUCCUGCUUUUCUGACGGACGGAUACGAGAGGCCUUCAGCCUCAUCAAAGGCAUCAGGAGUGCUUUCUGGUUCUUCUCAAGAUUUCCUGUCCUGUGGGUUUUUAGAAAUUGAAAUUGAACCCACUGCUCAGUUUUUGGUGCGUAAACACUUUCUUUUUUUCAUGCAUGUAUCGCACCGUAGCAAUGAAAGCUGUGUGGCUGUGAAGCAUCUCUUUAUCUUCCUGCUUUACAUGAUGGGGGAGUUUGGUAUUACCACUGACAUCCAUUAUAUCGUGCCAAUACUGAAUGUACGCCAUCAAACACCUUUAUUAAUUGUAUGUGUAUAUAUAUGUGGGAAUAUACGUGUAUAUAUAUAUAUGUAUGUAUAUAUAUAUAUAUAUACUGUAUGUCUGUAUAUUUG